GGUCGUGCAGUCCCCCCACCUCCACUCCAGAGCCUAAGUCAAGUCGCGCAAUCGCGCAUCCCAACAGCAAAUCGGACGAGUUCAAACCACAUCUCGGUUCGCGUGGCUUCUCUUAAGUUUCAGACCAUGGAGAAGUUGCCGGAUGAAAUGUUGUUGACUGUCAUGCAUCACCUAGACAUCCCCACCCUCCUAACUUGCCGUCUCGUGAGCAAGAGGAUCGGCGCUCUUGUCCUUCACCGGGACGUUUGGCGGCAACGGGUGCUCGAUGAUGAAGACCCCUGGCUGUGUCCAGUGCUGCGGCUCGCGCCAUGCCUCGCCGCGAUGUACGUGCCAAUGACUUUGCCACCAAAACGACACCCGCCGUUCGCCACGACCAGGUGUGCAGUGGCGGAGCUGAGAGUGUACGGACUCGCCGACGAUGACGAGGACUCAGACGAAGACGAAGACAACUACUCAGCUGGCCACCUGCAUACCUCCCUAGUGAUUCGCAACCAGGAGGCGCUCGGCCGUUUGAAGAGCCUUCAAGUUCCCCUGGUCACGGUAGAAUUUAAUACCAGCAGCUGCGUGCUGUUGGAGACGAUAGCGUCCACGACUGGCUUGGAGCGACUGCUGGUUUCGGACUUCCCAGGACAAACUACCGAUGCGUUCGUAGAGGCCAGUCUGCACAGCGUCGUGCUCCAGUCGUCUCUGAAGUACUUCGAGUGCGUCCACACCCCGGCGGCGGAGCCCUUCAUCACCUUCAUAUUGGCCGGACACGCCGAAACGCUGACUGAAGUCUAUCUCGAGGCCGCCGGUGGUAGCUACGACUACUGCUCGUCCUCCACCUGCUCCAUGGCCGCCGCACUGGCUGGCCUCCCUGCACUUCAGCAGCUGACGUGUUCCCCUCUGCCGGGGAUGGGGGCGGUGGCGGCGUGCGCGUCGCUGAGACAAGUGGACCUCAACGUGAAGCCGGACAUGUGGACCACCAUCCCAGCGGCCGCCGAGUUCCUCCGCCGCGCCAGGCACCUGCAGUCGGUCCACCUGCUGUUCGUGGGCGAGGAGCCCUCCGACGUGGGCGUGGGGCUGGUCCUCGCACUCAACCCCUCCGUCCAGCGGCUGGCUAUCCGCUGUUAUGACGCACCCUCGGGCCACUGUGACCCCCACCUGCAGGCGCUGACCAGCGUGCUGCCCAGGCUGCGGAAGCUGUGGAAGCUGACUGUGCACUCGGACACGAUGCCGACCGAGCUGCUUCUGAGCAUCAAGCCGGACACCAACCCGGCCUUCAAGAAGCUCUCCCUGUACCCCUCGGCCUCGGGUCGCAAGGUCCUGCCGUGCUUACACGCCUGGCUCCAUUUGACUGCACUCAAGAGAUUGCUGCGCGUCUUUCGCAACUUGCGAAUCAAUGUGCACGGUUGGCCCGACUACUGCCCUGAUGACAAACCCUGCAAAGGUUGCGCUCUAGGCUGUAAAUGCAAGGACUCCUUCGCUCGAAUUAAAAACUGUGAUUUCUGAUUCCUUGUAUAACUGUCCGCCCUCAUCCAAAUCCAAAGUGUCACCUGCUUCCGUUUCAUAGACUGCGAGUCCGUUUUGUUUUU